AAAUUAGAAAUAACAACUAUAUCUUAUACAGAAGAACGGCAGGAAAUUGAAAGUAGUUUGCUCUAUAAAGAAUUCAAUAAAUCAAAAAAUAAACAAGAUCUAGAAAACUUUGAUAAAUAUUUAAUUAUCUUGGGAGCAAUAGCUCUUGCAGAACAAAAACCAGAAGAUUUUGAACACAGAUAUUGGAUAGACAAAUUAAUCGCAAAACGUAAAAAAGAAAUAAACCAAAAACUGCAAGAAAUAAAACAAAAAUAUUACCCAGAACAAUUGGAAAG